UUGCUUAAAUUAAAAAAUUAAAUACAUAAAUAUUGGAGAAAUUCUAAAAAAAAACAUAUAUAUAUAUAUAUUUAUUUAUCCAGCCAUCAAAAUGCCAAAAAGAUUAACCGAUGAGGAACUUUCAGAACUAAAAAAUUGGCUUGCUGACCAACAAAUUAAUCCGAACAAAAUGCACCGAGAGUUCUCCGAUGCAGUACCUGUUGCUAAUUUAUUAAAGAAGUUGUAUCCCAAGUUAAUAGAUAUUCAUAACUAUCCUCCACGAAAUAACACACAAUUAAAACUAAAUAAUUGGGAAACUCUCAAUUUUAAAGCUCUCGGAAAAAUUGGUCUUCCACAAAGCAAAGCUAUGUUGCAAAAGCUAGCUGCAGGAACUCCAGGAGCAAUAGAAUCGUUGCUCCAUGAAAUAAAACUGCAUGAUCGAAGCAGUAAAAAAUCAGACAGAUGUGAUGAACAAGAACAGGUUUGGUCGGAAAACGAUGAUAUUAUGAUGGUCAACGUUAACAAAAAAGUCGGUGAUGCUAUUGUUCAAGUACCACAAAAAAUGAUUUUAUUUUCAAUCUAUGAGCAUACUCUUCGUGACUCUCAGACAAAAGAAUCUUACUUGAAUGCAGCUAAUCAAAAAAUUGCUCAUCUAGAAAGUAUAUUGAAACUUAAGGGUGAACGGAUAGACGAGCUGUGUGCUCAACUGGCUAAAGUGUCGGUGCGAAGUUUAAUAAAGCAACAUAACUUGGAAAAUUCUAGCCCCAAUUCAGCACUUAAUUUUGGCAACAUUGAAAAUGAUACAAACAACAAAAGUACGGAGUAUUUAUAAGAAGGUCCUGAUCCUAAAUGUAAAUCUUUGGUUAAUCGAAAUUGUCAUUUGGAAUAUUUUAAAUUUCUAAAUAAAACUUGUAUAUAUGUACAUAAGUACAUAUUUUCUUAAAGAUUUAAUUUAAAAAAAUAUACAAAUUAAA